GGAGGAAGUUUAUAUAGUGUGUCCCUGAGGAUGAACCACAACAACAGUGACCAAGUGGCAGUGUAAACUCUCAGACCGAUACGUAUAUCUUGAAGAAAAAUUUCUUAAUUAUCGUUAAUAAUGGCUGGAAGUUUCCGAUAUAAGAUAUGGGACCCACCACUCAUCAUAUCUCAGAUAAUUACUAUGCAGGCUGUUUAUUAUGUAGGACUUGGCAUAUGGAUAGCUAUUCUUGAUCUCUUUACCGGCCAUCAUCGAUCGCUGGACAGCAUCUUCAAAUACCAGGAGCUCCAAAUAAAGGAAGUUCAUGGGCGGGCCAUAAUGGCAGCUUUUAUUCUGAAUGCUCUCACAGGGUCAUUAGGAUUAUGGAAGGUUGUUCAGCGCACAAAGCAAUGUUUGGACUUCACAAUAACAGCCCAUUUUCUCCACUUGGUGGGUUGCUGGAUAUAUAAUGGCCAUCUGCCUUCACAACCUUCUGUUUGGCUGCUGAAUCUCGUCACCAUUACAUUAAUGUGUGUUCUUGGUGAAUACUUGUGCAUGAGAACUGAAAUGCAGCACAUUCCAGUAAUGAGUUCCAAAGUGGAUUUGUAAAACUUUCAUUAUAUUCUGGCUUUUUAUUACAUUUAUCUGUGUUGUGACUGUAAAAAAUGUAAUCAUAAAUUCAGCUUACAUUCUUAAAUCUAUACUCAUUCAUGAAAUAUGAAAUAUAUUCAUGCUUGUCCAUAUGAUCAUCAUUUAAUGGAUAUGUAAUUUAUAAAUUUUACUAGCUUGUGAUAUUUUUGUAAAUAGCAGUACUAAACGAUUAUUUAUAUUGUAUUCAAUAAAUUAUUUAAUCAUAAAUAUAAGAAUUUGACAGUGCACUUGCCAGGUGGCAACAUGAAGUGUAGGAAUUAGUAUUUUCUUUUUAUGAUCUUAAAUGUGUAUGUUUAAGUCAUGGAUCUUCACAGAUAUUUUGUACAACAGUAAGGUUCUUGUCAGAAGUUUAACACGGUAAUUUUUUUACAGGAACUAGUUAUAGGAAAAGCGAACUUAGAUUUAUAUUUUUAUUAAAUACUAGAUUCUUGUAUGCUUACAAUAGGGGCAGCCUCUCUGUACAUACUGUUACCAUUAAGUGCUAUUCAAUACUGCCAGUGUGCUUUUCUUAUGAAUUUAAAUAAAAUUUUGUAAAUAUGGCAUGUGCAUUUGUAUUAGGCUUGUUUACAUUUGUAUGCUUACUGCUAGGUUUUGGAAAACUAUUGAUGUAUCCCAUUAAUUGUUCAGCAGUGAAUAUGUAAAUGAAAUUGUUAACAUAAUAGAGCAGAAGAAAAUUGUGCAGACCUGGGCAGUCCCGUCCAAUUAAUUUAUGCCAGUUAUAUUUACCUCUAUUGACAUUGUUUCCAAAAUCAGUGCUACAGAUUGAAAUAUUAGCAUUUGGUAAAGUUAUGCAUUUAGUCACACUGCAAUCUCAGGUUGUGUAAAACAAUUUGGAUGAAAUAUUGCCUAACUAGUCCCAGUGCAGCUCAGCAUUUGUUUAUAGUUUAAUGAAAUGUUGGGAAUGCUAAAGUAAUAUGAUGUAUACCAAAGUUUAGCAAUAAAGUGUGUUCAUUCCCGAGCAUACAUACACUAAGACUAAUCAGUACUCUACGUGAAAGUUAAUGUAUAUAUUUAGUGAAGCUAAACCUGUUUUUGCCAGGUUUAAAUCUUUCUUAAUCAAGUAAAAGUAUUUAUGGCCAACAACCUGACAGAACAGAAACCACACCAAGAUGAGCAGACAGAGGAUUGAUCCUCCUCCACUCCCUGUGCUGAAUGACCCAUACAGGUUUCCUGAAUCAUGACAUACUUGACUUAAUCAUUUCUUUUUGGCAAAAUGUUAUUUUGUUUUACAUUUUUUAUUUUAUUCUUCCUCUUUCAGGAAUUCCUAUGUAUGUUCAUGGGGUGCCCAUAAUAUAUAUGUAACCUGUGAUUUAAUGCAUUAACAAUAAAACUGUUUGUCUUAGUUUUUAGUUUGCUUAUUUUAAUACGCUAAAAUUGAUAUACAGUACAUGCUUCCAAUUUUGAACUAUGCAUAUGUCAUAAACACUAGUACAAUUUGAAGUUUUUAUUUAUUAAGUACAGUGGUACCUCGGUAUACAUUCUUAAUCCGUUCCAGGACCUUGGACUUAUACCAAAGAGGAUGUAUACCAAAUGAAUUUUCCCAUAAGAAAUAUAGGGAAAAUGAUUAAUCUGUUCCCAUGACAAAAAAAUCCUAUUGUUAUUGGCAUAUUAUACACUGAUGGGGUUGUAUAAAAUAAUUUAAACACUGCUUAAUAUGUACUCAAAUACAUAAAUACAAAAGAA